GUGAGGUGUAGAAUAAUGCAUGCAUCCAAAUACUGUAGGACCCUGCUGGAGCCCUCCACGUGUCCCACGAGGCUGCCUCGGAAUCGUCCAGAUCCAGCGCCACCUGUACACUUCCCAUCGACACGACCAGACCACCAAGCCCAAAACGAACCAAUCCCAACCUCGCGCAGAGCAGGCAGACACAGCUCGGUCCGCGCGCGGAGAAGACGAGAGGGGGAGAGAGAGAGAGGAGGAGGAGGAGGCCAAGCCGCGUCGUCGGCGAUGGGGAAGGGAUUCAUGUCAUACCUGGCGCUGAAGACGGACCCGGCGGGCGGGGAGGCGGCGCAGGCGGCGCUGAUCGACGCCGACCUGCAGGAGAUCAGCGUGGCGGCGCGGAAGCUCGCCAACCACGCUCUCCUCCUCGGCGGGGGCCUCGGCUUCGGCACCACCUUCCUCAAGUGGCUCGCCUUCUUCGCCGCCGUGUACCUCCUGAUAUUGGAUCGGACAAACUGGAAGACCAACAUGCUAACCGCUCUCUUGGUCCCUUACAUUUUCUUUACACUGCCUGGUGGGCUGUUUUCUCUAUUGAGGGGAGAGGUUGGAAAAUGGAUUGCAAUAAUUGCUGUGAUCCUCCGUCUCUUCUUUCCUCGCCACUUCCCUGAUUGGUUAGAGCUGCCUGGAGCUGUGAUCCUUCUCAUAGUGGUUGCCCCAAACCUGUUCGCGAGCACCUUCCGAGGCGACUUAGUCGGCAUCUUCAUAUGCCUCAUCAUUGGGUGCUACCUGCUUCAAGAGCACGUCAAGGCGUCAGGUGGAUUCAGGAACGCCUUCAGGAAGGGUAACGGAGUGUCCAACAGCAUCGGCAUUCUCUUGCUCUUCAUAUACCCUGUCUGGGCCCUAGUGCUGAACUUUCUGUAGGCGCCACCGCUUCAGCACCACCCUGCAGCAUCCAGCCUCCGAUCGAUCGCAGUUCGUUCUUGUGUACAUGUCUGGUGCGUUGAUUUGGUAUCUGGUGAUCUGGUAGCAAUAUCGUUUUGAGGUGAUGGAUAAUGUAUGUUUGGACCUCCUGCCUCUUGAUGCACAUUUCCUUGUCAUAUUCGUUUGUUGUAGCUUUGCUUGUCAGGCUGUGUUCUCCAGCCCCGAUUGUACAAGCGUCAAUAAAUUCAUAUGUUUUCCUUCUGUAAAUUUGAGGAGCUUUUAUCCAAGGUCUCUUGUAAGAGUAUCCCC